AUGUGGAGGGGCAAUCUGGAUCCUUGCGCGUUAUAUUCCACCGAAGAGGAGCUGGAGGAUCGCGUGAUGGAGAUGCUAGACUCGUUUGCUUUCAAGGGAGGACGUUACAUUGCCAACCUCGGCCACGGUAUCUACCCAGAUGUGGAGCCCGAGAAGGUGGCUGCUUUUGUCGACUUGGUGCACCGACACUCUGCUCAUGACAUUGCCACAUGA